AUGCGUUUAUCACUUUACGCGCUGGUAGCACUUGUAUGUGCACUCACAGUCUUGGCCUUCGACUCGCUCGAUCACGAGGUCUUCGACCUCGUUGCCGCCCUUGAGGCGACUGAGGGCAAGGGCACGUCUUUCUACAGCUUCCUCGGCGUCGAGUCGUCCGCAACCAACACUCAGAUCUCAAAGGCGUACCGCAAGCGCUCGCUUGAGUUGCACCCGGACAAGAACCCCGGCGUCGCCAACAUUCAGGAGCGUUUCGCUAGACUUGGCGUCGUUACCCAGAUCCUCCGCGACAGCACCAAGCGCGAGCGCUACAACUUCUACUACAAGAACGGUGUGCCCACCUGGAAAGGCUUCGGGUACGCCUACUCGCGAUGGCGCCCGGGACUUGGCUUCGUGUUCGUGUUCCUCACCCUCCUCACCUCGGGCCUGCACUAUGUUGUGCUUCGGAUGAACCAUGCGCGCGACACGCGCCGUGUGACUUACUUCACUGCAGCUGCUCGCAAGGCUGCCAGCGGUGCGAAGGGGCGCCGCAAGGUGCGCGUGCCGAUGGUGGAAGGUGCCACAGGUGGCGAGUCGCUGGAGCUAGUCGUCGACGGCGAUGCUGUUCUCCUGCCGCACGCGGACGGCACGUCGACGCCACUCUCCUCGAUCGCCCCUGAGCCGUCGCUCUCGAAGACCUGGCCCGCCCAGCUCACUCGUGGUGUGUGGACCAAGCUCUCGAAGAAGCAGACCAAGGACGGCGAGGAGGAGGAGGUGGAGGUUGAAGAGGAGGAGAUCGACGAGGUUGAGGGCUACGACGUGCAGGAGGGUACACCAACUCCCGGCGCGCGUAAGAGCCGUGCAGCCGAGCUCCGCGCCCAGCGCCUCAACAAGGAGUCGCCCGCCACUUCGACCGCCGAGAACACUGAGGGCGAGGAAGACAGUGCCAGCGGCGCGAGUGGUGCCGAGACGCGCCGCAAGAAGGUGGGCGGCAAGGCGGCCGGCGCACGCCGGCGCAAGAUGGGGAUGAAGAAGUAG